CGACAACGACAACCCAUUGAUCCAGUCUCCCUCCUGCUCCGAGCCAGCUUCACAUGACCAUGUUGGCUCGCUCAGCACUGCGUACGGCACGCUCCGCCGCUGCCACGGCCCGCAAUGCCUCCAGCAAACCGCGCUUUGCCUCGACAUCGAGCUCUGCCGACGGCGCCGCCUCGGCAUGGAAGAACAACGCCCUCCCCGCAGGCGCCACCAUCUUCGCCGUUGGUUCGACUGCCUGGUACUGGCAUCUCUACGGACGCCAGGUUGAUGCCAUGACCCCAGCCGAAGAAGGUCUCCACCCAACUCAAUACCCGUGGGAGCACGAGAAGUGGUCCAAGACCUUCGACCAUGGAGCUCUCCGCCGUGGCUUCCAGGUCUACCGUGAGGUCUGCGCCUCCUGCCACUCCAUCUCCCGUGUGCCUUACCGCGCCGUCGUCGGAAAGUUCAUGACAGUCGAUGAGGCCAAGGCGCUCGCCGAGGAGAACGAGUACGACACAGAGCCCAACGACCAGGGCGAGAUUGAGAAGCGCCCCGGAAAGCUCUCCGACUACAUGCCUGCCCCCUACAAGAACGACGAGGCCGCCCGCGCUGCCAACAACGGUGCUCUACCCCCCGAUCUAUCGCUCAUGGUCAAGGCCCGCCACGGCGGCUGCAACUACAUCUUCAGCUUGUUGACUGGUUACCCCGAGGAGCCACCUGCCGGUGCCGUUGUCCAAGAAGGCCUCAACUUCAACCCCUACUUCCCCGGUACCGGAAUUGCCAUGGCCCGUGUUCUGUACGACGACUUGGUUGAGUACGAUGAUGGCACCAAGGCUUCGACCUCGCAGAUGGCCAAGGACGUGGUUGAGUUCCUCAACUGGACCGCUGAGCCUGAGAUGGACGACCGCAAGAAGAUGGGCUGGAAGGUUCUCGCUGUCACCAGUGUUCUGUUCGCGCUCAGUGUUUGGGUCAAGAGGUACAAGUGGGCACCGCUAAAGACACGGAAGAUUGUCUACCAGCCACCACAAAACAAGAGCAUCCUCGACCAACUCCCCAAGCCAAACAACUCUGGCAAGACGAACCAAUAAACAUUGGGUGGUUUUGCAUUUGCGCGGUUCAGGAGAGCGGGUAGCGGAAGCGUGUGUUCUAUAUCGUGUACAUUGCCAGGUACUUCCAACAAUCAGAUUUCUUUGCCUCGUGACAUACAGUCCCGUGCUCUUCAUGUCGCUUGUUUUGGACAUGCUUGUCUUUCAGUCCCCGUAGGAUAGUUUUCUUGCAAACCCAGUAGCAUCCGCUAUCCCACCAUGUAUAUCCAUAGACCGCAGUUCCACUUCCCCGAAAUAGUUAGGCUCGCUGACCUGACUGAAGCACAACGAUUUGAAUAGCUUGAUACUCCGGGUGUUGUCUUUGUCAAUCUUGACCCUCAAGUAGCUUAGAGACUUCAGCUUGCCCGUG